AUGGCCGAGGACCAUCGCCCUCCCCUCCCCUCCUAUGCAUCUCAGAGCUCAGUAACGCUGUCCGACCACUCUGACCCCUUCGCAGACCGCCCACCGCGCCAGGUCGCGUUUCAGGAGCCCAACAUGGCCGCGUACGAGAGCACGGCCUCUCUUCCGCACGAGUUUGGUGGUAUGGGCAGCAACUACGACGACGAGGAGGUUGAGAAACUUCCACUCACAGCAGCUCAAGGCGGGUUGUACCCUCCUGGCCCCAUUGACCCUAAUGCCUACGGUGAUCCUUAUGACCGCCCUAUCUCGGUUGUAUCAACGGCAUCUUCUGGCGUCGAAUCUGCAUGGAGGCGGCGACAGACGAUCAAGCGUGGUGUAACGCGUAAAGUCAAGCUUACGAAGGGUAAUUUCAUUGCGGAGUACCCUGUGCCGACUCCCGUAUACAGCGCGAUCGAGCCUAAGUGGUUGGGCUCGAAGACCACUGAAUUCUCCCAUAUGCGUUACACUGCCGCGACAUGCGACCCUGAUGACUUCUCUGAAGCGAACGGUUACUCUCUGCGAACCAAGAUGUACAACCGCCAGACAGAGCUACUCAUUGCCAUCACGUCGUAUAACGAAGACAAGACUCUUUACGCUCGCACGCUGCACGGCGUCAUGUUGAACAUCCGUGAUAUCUGCAAGACCAAGCAGUCGAAGUACUGGCGCCGUACUGCGGAAGAAGGUGUUCCAGGGUGGCAAAAGAUCACUGUUGCGCUCAUCAUUGAUGGUCUGGAACCUAUGGACAAGACGGUGCUGGAUAUUCUGGCUACCGUAGGCGUCUAUCAGGAUGGUGUCAUGAAGAAGCAAGUUGAUGGCAAGGACACUGUCGCACACAUUUUCGAGUACACAACGCAACUUUCCGUUGACCCCACACCUCAGUUGAUAUUGCCGCACGGAGAUGAUCAUGCCAACUUGGUACCCGUAUCCAUCAUCCUCGUCAUCAAGGCGAAGAAUCAAAAGAAGAUCAACUCUCACCGUUGGUUGUUCAACGCUAUUGGUCGGAUGUUGGAGCCGGAAUAUUGUGUCCUCAUUGACGCUGGUACGAAACCUGGGCACAAGUCUAUCUACUACCUAUGGGAGGCUUUCUAUAAUGACCCUCACUUGGGUGGCUGUUGUGGUGAAAUCCACGCCAUGUUGGAAGGUGGCAGAAAGCUCCUCAACCCUCUGGUUGCCGCCCAGAACUUCGAGUAUAAGAUGUCAAAUAUCUUGGAUAAGCCCCUGGAAAGUAGUUUCGGCUACGUGUCAGUGUUGCCUGGUGCCUUCUCCGCCUACCGGUACCGCGCCAUUUUGGGCAAGCCAUUGGAGCAGUACUUCCAUGGUGACCACUCGCUUGCCGAUCGUCUUGGCCCCAAGGGUAUCUAUGGCAUGAACAUUUUCACAAAGAAUAUGUUCUUGGCCGAGGAUCGUAUCCUCUGUUUCGAGUUGGUCGCGAAGGCGGGUGAUAGGUGGACUCUGACGUAUGUCAAGCCUAGUAAGGCUGAAACGGAUGUACCCGAGUCUGCCGCAGAACUCAUCGGUCAGCGUCGGCGUUGGUUGAAUGGUUCCUUUGCCGCUUCCGUGUAUGCGCUCGUCAACUUCUUUAAGCUCUACAGGUCCGGCCAUGGCAUCAUUCGCAUGUUCUUCCUCCACAUCCAGGCUAUUUACAAUGUCUUCAGCUUGAUUUUCUCGUGGUUCGCUCUGGCCAACAUCUGGUUGACUUUUUCCAUCAUCAUCGAGCUACUUCCUUCGGAUGGCCUUACGUUCUUCGGUACCGCGGAUAUUACACAUUGGGUUAACGAAGCGUGCAAAUGGAUCUAUCUUGCUUUCCUGUGUCUUCAGUUCGUGCUCGCUCUGGGUAACAGACCGAAGGGAGAGCGAAUGGCAUACACCGUCACACUAUGGGUCUAUGCUGUCCUGGCCUUGUACCUACUCGUUUGUUCCUUCGCGUUGACGAUAAAGGCGUUCAUAGCGGUUCCAGCUCUGAUAAGAGCGCAGACAUCAGUGAAAGAAAUCGUCUUGACGUUCUUCAAGCCCCCAGUCGGUGCUUUGAUCGCUGCUAUGGUAUCAACAUACGGUAUCUACUUCAUGGCUUCGUUCCUAUACCGCGACCCGUGGCACUUGUUCACCAGCUUCUUCCAAUACCUGUGCUUGGCACCGAGCUUCACUAACGUCCUGAACGUCUACGCCUUUUGUAAUCUGCACGACGUCUCUUGGGGUACCAAGGGUAGUGACAAGGCGGAGGCUCUACCAUCAGUAUCAUCGAAGAAGGCCAAGGAUGCAGAAACAGCCGUGGUCGAGGAAUCAGCAAGAAGUAAGGAGGAUCUCGACGCGCACUUCAAGGAGACUGUUACACGUGCGGUCACCAAGCUGGAGGUCAAGGAGGAGAUCGAGAAGCCCACCAUGGACGACGAGAACAAAACGUUCCGGACGCGUCUGGUGGCAUUCUGGAUGCUGUCGAACGCGGUUCUUGCUAUAUCCGUUGCCAACUUGAACGGGCUUUCAAGUGGUAAUGAAUCCGUCGACGAAGACGCAUUACGCAAGAAGCAAAACAUCUACUUCGCCGUCAUUCUGUACUCGACGUUCGGGUUGGCAGCAGUCCGGUUCAUAGGGUGCUUGUACUACUUCUUCAAGCGUAACCUGUUCCGGUGCUGCAGGAGGAAUUAGUUUACGAUGUUGUGAGGGCUGUUGCAUUUGGGACACGUUGGGUACGGACUGCUGUCGUUCAUUCAUCAUACUAUACUGCUGCAUCUCGGGACUAAGGACAUUUGGAUGCUGUCGUCCCUUCAUCACUACAUCGCCGGUUUCGCUACAUGUCUGCCUACUGCUGUUUCGUCGUAAUCACGGAGUCGGCAUCUUCAUACCGGUCCUUUGUACAUCUUGACAUUAACUGAUGAGACGAUAGCACGAACGCUGCGGGCAUUAAGUCCUCUGAACAAUGAACUAUGAAUGCUGGUGGCGUCUUCGACGAUGA